CUCAGGACAUGCCCCCGGGGCGCGGCGCCGGGGACCCUGGGGCUCGCCUCCGCGCAGGGCCCCCCGCCCCGCCCCCGGGCGUCCCGGGCCCCCGCUGAGCGCGCGUCGCGCACGCCCGGGUCCCUCCCGCCGGCGCGCAGCCGGGCCCCUGCGCUGUGGGUCCCCGCGGGGCGAUGGGUUGAUGGGCGCCUGGGGACGCAGGAUGCGGGGGGCGCCGGCGCGCCUGCUGCUGCUGCUGCCGUGGCUGCUGCUCCUGGCGCCCGCGACUCGGGGCGCGCCGGGCUGCCCGGUCCCCAUCCGCAGCUGCAAGUGCUCGGGGGAGCGGCCCAAAGGACUGAGCAGCGGCGCCCCCAACCCGGCGCGCAGGAGGGUGGUGUGCGGCGGCGGGGAUCUCCCGGAGCCGCCGGAGCCCGGCCUGCUGCCUAACGGCACCGUGACCCUGCUCCUGAGCAACAACAAGAUCACCGGGCUUCGCACCGGAUCCUUCUCGGGCCUGUCCCUGCUGGAGAAACUGGACCUGAGGAACAACAUCAUCAGCACGGUGCAGCCUGGAGCCUUCCUGGGCCUGGGGGAGCUGAAGCGCUUAGACCUCUCCAACAACCGGAUUGGCUGUCUCACCUCCGAGACCUUCAAGGGCCUGCCCCGGCUCCUGCGACUAAAUAUAUCUGGAAACAUCUUCUCCAGCCUGCAGCCCGGGGUCUUUGAUGAGCUGCCAGCCCUCAAGCUUGUGGACUUUGGCACUGAGUUCCUGACCUGUGACUGCCACCUGCUCUGGCUGCUGCCCUGGGCGCGGAAUCACUCGGUGCAGCUGUCGGAGCGCACACUGUGUGCCUACCCCAGCGCCCUGCACACCCAGGCCCUGGGCAGCCUCCGGGAGGCCCAGCUCCGCUGCGAGGGGGCCCUGGAGCUGCACACCCACCACCUCAUCCCCUCCCUGCGCCAAGUGGUGUUCCAGGGCGACCGGCUGCCCUUCCAGUGCUCUGCCAGCUACCUGGGCAACGACACCCGCAUCCGCUGGUACCACAACCAGGCCCUCGUGCAGGGCGACGAGCAGGCGGGCGUCCUCCUGGCCGACAGCCUCAUCCACGACUGCACGUUCAUCACCAGUGAGCUGACCCUGUCUCACAUCGGCGUGUGGGCCUCGGGCGAGUGGGAGUGCUCCGUGGCCACGGCCCAGGGCAACACCAGCAGGAAGGUGGAGAUCGUGGUGCUGGAGACCUCCGCCUCCUACUGCCCCGCCGAGCGUGUCGCCAACAACCGCGGGGACUUCAGGUGGCCUCGGACACUAGCUGGCAUCACCGCCUACCAGUCCUGCCUGCAGUACCCCUUCACCUCGGUGCCGCUGAGCGGGGGUGCCCCGGGCACCCGAGCCUCCCGCCGCUGUGACCGAGCCGGCCGCUGGGAGCCAGGGGACUAUUCCCACUGCCUGCACACCAACGAUAUCACCCGGGUGCUUUACACCUUUGUGUUGAUGCCCAUCAACGCCUCCAACGCGCUGACCCUGGCCCACCAGCUGCGAGUGUACACGGCCGAGGCCGCCAGCUUCUCAGAUAUGAUGGACGUAGUCUAUGUGGCUCAGAUGAUCCAGAAGUUCUUGGGUUACGUUGACCAGAUCAAAGAGCUGGUGGAGGUGAUGGUGGACAUGGCCAGCAACCUGAUGCUGGUGGACGAGCACCUGCUGUGGCUGGCCCAGCGUGAGGACAAGGCCUGCAGCGGCAUUGUGGGAGCCCUGGAGCGCAUCGGCGGGGCCGCCCUCAGCCCCCACGCCCAGCACAUCUCUGUGAACUCGAGGAACGUGGCCUUGGAGGCCUACCUCGUCAAGCCGCACAGCUACGUGGGUCUCACCUGCACGGCCUUCCAGCGGAGGGAGGUCAGCCUCCCCGGCGGGCGCCCCAGCAGCCCCGGCCACAGCCUCCAGCCUGAGCCCGAACCCCUGGCUGAGCAGCAGCUGCGCUUUCGCUGCACCACCGGGAGGCCCAACGUGUCCCUGUCUUCCUUCCACAUCAAGAACAGCGUGGCCCUGGCCUCCAUCCAGCUGCCCCCCAGUCUGUUCUCAUCGCUGCCGGCUGCCCUGGCUCCCCCGGUACCCCCCGACUGCACCUUGCAACUGCUCGUCUUCCGAAACGGCCGCCUGUUCCGCAGCCAUGGCAACGCCUCCCGCCCUGGAGUCGCAGGGCCUGGCAAGAGGCGCGGCGUGGCCACCCCUGUCAUCUUUGCAGGAACCAGUGGCUGCGGCGUGGGAAACCUGACGGAGCCCGUGGCCGUCUCGCUGCGGCACUGGGCCGAGGGUGUCGAGCCCGUGGCGGCCUGGUGGAGCCAGGAGGGGUCCGGGGGCUGGAGCUCUGAGGGCUGCCAGCUCCGCUCCAGCCAGCCCAAUGUCAGCUCCCUGCAUUGCCAGCACCUGGGCAACGUGGCCGUGCUCAUGGAGCUGAGUGCUUUCCCCAGGGAAGCAGGGGGCCCUGGAGUGGGGCUGCAUCCAGUCGUGUACCCCUGCACGGCCCUGCUGCUGCUCUGCCUCUUCUCCACCAUCAUCACCUACAUCCUCAACCACAGCCAUCCGUUCGUGGCCUCGCCCCUCUGCUGUCCCGGUGGGCCUGGGACCCCCGUGGGCCUGACCUCAGGCUGUCUCUGGGGCAGCUGCAUCCACGUGUCCCGGAAGAGCUGGCACAUGCUGCUGAACCUGUGCUUCCACAUGGCCAUGACCUCGGCCGUGUUUGCGGGAGGCAUCACGCUCACCAACUACCAGAUGGCCUGCCAGGCGGUGGGCAUCACUCUGCACUACUCCUCUCUGUCCACACUGCUCUGGAUGGGAGUGAAGGCCCGAGUCCUCCACAAGGAGCUCACCUGGAGGCCGCCCCCUUCACAGGACGGGGACCCUGCCCUGCCUGCUCCCCGACCCAUGCUCCGGUUCUACCUGAUUGCCGGAGGAAUCCCACUCAUCAUCUGUGGCGUCACUGCAGCUGUCAACAUCCACAACUACCGCGACCACAGUCCCUACUGCUGGCUGGUGUGGCGUCCGAGCCUUGGAGCCUUCUACAUCCCCGUGGCUUUGAUUCUGCUCAUCACUUGGAUCUACUUCCUGUGCGCAGGGCUGCGCUUGCGGGGGCCUCCCGCACACAGCGCAAAGGCCGCUGGCAGCAGGCUGUCCGCGGAGCCUGGGGAGGAGCUGAGAGGUUCCGCACGGCUCAGGAGCAGCGGCGCCCUCCUGAGUGACUCGGGCUCCCUUCUGGCAACCGGGAGCACAGGGGUGGUGACCCCUGCGCCCCCGGACAGCGACGGCCUCUAUUCUCCAGGGGUGCAGCUUGGGGCGCUGGUGACCACGCAUUUCCUCUACCUAGCCAUGUGGGCCUGUGGGGCUCUGGCCGUGUCGCAGCGCUGGCUGCCCCGCGUGGUGUGCAGCUGCCUGUACGGGGUGGCGGCCUCGGCCCUGGGCCUCUUCGUCUUCACCCACCACUGUGCCAGGCGCAGGGAUGUGAGGGCCUCCUGGCGCGCCUGCUGCCCGCCUGCCUUGCCCGCGGCCUCCCACGGCCCUGCUCGGACCCUGUCCGCCGCCCCAGAAGAUGGAUCCCCGGUGCCGGGAGAGGGGCCCGCAGGCUCGCUGAAGUCCUCCCCGAGCGGCUGCAGCGCCGGCGCGCCCCCGGGUCCCUGCAAGCUCACCAACCUGCAGCUGGCGCAGAGCCAGGCAUGCGAGGCGGGCGUGGCGGUGUGCGGGGAAGGGGAACCAGAGCCAGUGGGCUCACGGGGGAGCCUCGCUCCCCGCCACUCCAACAACUUGCACCACGGCCGCCGAGCGCACAAGAGCCGGGCCAAGGGGCACCGCGCCGCGGAAGCCGGCGGCAAGAACCGGCUCAAAGCCCUGCGCGGGGGUGCAGUGCCUGAGCUGCUGUCCAGCGAGAGCGGCAGCCUGCACAACAGCCCGUCUGACAGCUACGCAGGCAGCAGCCGCAACAGCCCGGGCGCCGGCCUGCAGCGGGAGGGCGAGCCGGCGCUCACGCCGUCCGAGGGCAGCGACACGAGCGCCGCGCCGCUCCCCGACCUGGGCCGGCCGGGCCAGCACCGCAGUGCCAGUCGCGACAACCUCAGGGGCGGCGGCGGUGGCGGCGCGUUGGAGAAGGAGAGCAAGCGCCGCUCGUACCCGCUGCACACCGCUAGCCUCAAUGGCGCCCCCAAGGGGGGCAAGUAUGACGACGUCAAUGUGACGGGGGCGGAGGCUGCUGGGGGCGCCUGCAUGAAGACGGGCCUCUGGAAGAGUGAGACCACCGUCUAGGGUGGGCGUGGGCCAUGCAUUAGGACAGGCUGGCCGCACGGGCUGAGCCCCUCCCACUGCGGCCCAGGUGCCCAUGGGUGCUCACCUGUAGCCCUGGCAGGCUGGGGAAAAGGAGAAAGGCAGAGGCUGGUCACUUGUCCUGAAGGCCAUGCCCCUGCUGCAGCGACAGACAAUCCCAGAAACACACAUAACCUGUUUCCGUCCAGCUCAGGCCAAUUUGGACAGUCAAGCUAGGGGUACCCUGCCAGGGAGGCCCAGCCCAAGAAGGCUCCUGCCUCAGCACCCCCACCCCCCACCCCUGACAUCAACCCUACCAGGAAAAGCACAGAUGACCAGGGACGCUGGGGACUGGGUUGUCCGCUCACCGCCUCCCUCUGCAGGUCGGCCGCUUAGGGCAUGGCUUCUCCCCAGCUUCUGGCAAAGGGAGCCAGCCUAGCAAGGAGCCAGGUGACUAGGACCAAUGGGAGGGGACCAGGUGCUGCUUUUCAGACUAACUAUGCAAGAGGGGAGGGCGGCAGGACUGGGGACCAACCAGUCCUGUAGGGAGGGCAGGUGGGAAAGGGCACAGCUGGGGCUGAGGCACGCUUCCCAGAGGAGAGGCCCACAAACUACACAGCAGAGCUCAGAGCCCGGCGAGACAGGGGCGGCCCUACUCCUGGGAGCCGAGCCUGCCUGGUGCCCGCCAUGACCCGAGGGAACCGUCCUGGGGUCCCGGCAGGACUGUCACACCACGACGGAUGCUCGGAGGAAGAGCUGCACCACGAAGGCUGAAGCUCUUGGGCCAGUCGGCGAGACCCAAGUCUCACCCGGGCCCGCACCGCCGCGGCGUGAAGGAAGAGCGUCCUUGCCUCUGGGAGGCUGUACCGGAAGCUCCAUCUCUGGCUCUACCAGCGGAGCCUGCCGGAUGCCACGAAGUGUCCCGACUCACAGAGGCCCUGAGGCAGCCGCUGGGGUCCCCCCCACCCCUGCUCAGCAGGGACUGUGCCUUCGCCACUGUUCAACACCAGCACUCAUGUUUUUCCCACCCUUUUACCACAGGACCAAAUGGUGUCCUUGUGAGGAGCGGUUGGAAACCCAGGGGAGGGCCGGGUCCCCUCCCGGCCUCCGUGUCAAGCCGGCCCGAUCACCAAGUGAAAGAGGACGCGGGCAGGGGAGGAGGCCCAUGCCCGCUGGAAUGGGUCCUGUUAUUUAUGCUUGCUGCACAGACUAUUAGAAGGAAAAAAAAAAAAAAAAAGCUUUGUAUUAUUCUUCCACACAUGCUGGCUGCUGUUUACAUACCCUGCCAAUGCCUUAGCACUGGAGAGCUUUUUGCAAUACGCUGGGGAAAGGGGAGGGAGGCAAUGAAAAGUGCCAAAGAAAACAUGUUUUUAAAGGCUCAAGUUUUAUACAAUAGAAUGUUUUCUAGCAGAUGCCUCUUGUUUUAAUAUAUUAAAGGUUUGCAAAGCCCUUUAAGCUAUAA